CUCUGAACCCCUCCAUCCUGAUAUUGGAUCGCCGUUUUGGUCUCGGCAAUGGACCUUGAGAAAGUAUAUCUCUGUUGAUACAGUUGGCCGACUUCUUACUCUCCAUAGCUACUCUGCAGCUACCCUACCUUACCCGAGCUUGCCGAAAAGCCAAACGAUAAAAAGAUUUCCGUUCCCUGGCGUUGAGCCAUUGCCGAGUGAAUGCUUGAGCUCCACCUUUGACAGGCCAUUGCCACAUCUUUCAAAGCAUCUCACGAAUCAUUAUUCCUUGGACGGAUUAUUCUGCUAGACGACUAUCGAUGAGAGCUAUCUGGUAGUUCCCGUACGAACGUGCUCUUCUCGAAAUUGGGUACAACCUCGAGGCGGGGGCUUAGUUAAUUCUAUCUAUCCCAUCUGCAUGACGGCGGGCAGUCCCCAUCGACUUCCAACAAAGACGCCUAGCAGUGGAUUUCCGGACUGUCACAACGAAGCUGUUCCAAGAGUGCCUGGCCGCUGGUCACUCGCUGCCCAACCCAAAGAAGCUUGGUGACUUUCAGUGGUGAUCAAACUCUCAACAGCAGCGCGACCCCCAAGAGCUUUGCUUCUUCCGUUUCACCUACACCCCUAUCUCUUGCUCAUCUGUUAGAGCACCCGAUCUUGAAGAUUCGUCACAAGUCCGGCCGCCCGUGGCAGCAACGGAGGGUCCAGGAAGUGGUCAAAUUAUUCCAGUAGGAGGAGUUGCUCUUCGCUCGACAACGUCGACCCCGCCAAAAUUGCCCGGUCCACGCUCAAAAGUCUAUAUCGCAUUCCACUAGAAAGUUUGCAGAUCCCAGCUGGCAUCAAUUGCUUAUCUAUUCGUAAAGGCCUGUGAGGACCCGGUUGUCAAACAAGCAAUUCACGUGCUGGCAAAGUGCGAGAGUGAGCUCGAAGUGAAGGAAGGCGCUGCCAGCCAGCAACAAUCUGGGACACUUCUUUCACCAACGAAUCGCCUGCUCAGCAAUUUUAUCGACACGCUAUACACAGCCGAAAGUCCUCUUCGAAGCAUCUUUCCAAAACCCUCCUCCAAACUCAGACGAAGCGGACCAACAAACUUGCUUCUACCUCUCAUCUCCUUACCUAGGUAACUUGGAGUAAGACAGAGCAACGAUUGCCGUUGAGAGCGUGCCCUUGCCUCGCCAACAUUUCCUUUGUCUCCGCCCGGGCGCAUUCACCAAGCGCACGUCAACAGUAAGUCAAAUAGACCUGUACGUCGUAUGCUCAGGCCGUCCACUCCCCGCGAAACCCCGGCCGACACCUGCUCGAAGCUUUGCAGCAGCACGCCUGCACAGUCUCUCUUUGUUGCGCACACGUUAUCUCGCAUACUCGCCCUUUUGGUACAUAACUUCCGCCAAGGUCCUGGUCUAUUCCCACUCAAAUUUGUCCGUCGGCGACGUGCCCUCAGCCGUCGGAUCUGAGUUCAACCUAGGAUUAAAGUCUCAAGCACCACGGGAACUCUCACCAAAGGCUCUCGGACAGAACCCAGUACUGCAGAAGCUCGCAAAUCACCAUAUCAACCAUGUCCUCUGGUGGCGCCGCACUGCAACCGACCUUUCAAGGCCAUGUUGCAACGACGCAAGAUGCUCUCAUCCUCUUUGAGGCAUGUUUGCAAGGCCAUCUAUCGCAUGUGCCGCGGAGACCCCACGAUCGAGAACGAAGCAACCUGAUCAGAAGCGGCUGCGUCUUCAUCUAUGAGGAAAAUGCGUCAGGAAUCAAGAGGUGGACUGACGGCGUAACAUGGAGCCCGAGUCGAAUUCUUGGAAACUUCUUGGUCUAUCGCGAACUGGACAAGCCCUUCCCUCCUGGUGAGAAGAAGCGAGCAAUGAAAAAGCAGCAAAGACGGCCCAGUCGACCUGGUGAACCGUACCCGAGAUCUGACGCGAGUUCUUUCUCAGAUGGACAAAGUGGCCCGUCUACAGAGAUCGAAAGACAACUUAUUGGCUCCUUGGUCGAUUCAUAUGGAUUCAAGGAGAGCGGCCUUGUCAAAAAGACCAUGAGUGUGACCGUUGGGGGUGUCACUCAUCAUUUGGUCUCCUAUUACCACGUUCAUGAUGUGCUGGGCAACCAACUGCGCACGCCUUCGCAAACCGACAAUCUGCAAUACAUCCGGCCACGGGCAGAGCUCACCCAAAAACAGAGCUUUCGGUCACCUAUCGAAAACGUCGAUGAGCUGGACGCUGGCCAAGCAGCAGUGUAUGGCUACCGGGCCAGCUCAGGUCCUUAUAGGCCGGAAUACAACAACCAGCCAUACUACAUGUCUCAGAACUAUCCUCAAAUGCCUCAGCAGAGCGGCGGCCCUGCAUAUGGCAUGGGAGUUGCAUCUAUGCCUGGAUCGUAUAUGCAGUCGCAAGUUCCUGCAACCCAAAUGCAGAGCCAACGAGCAGACUACAACCACUAUGACCAGGCUGUGUACAGUCGCCAUUAUGAUCCGACAUCACGACCAAUGCCGGCGACGCCCACGAGUAUGCCUUCGACGAUGCCACCAAGUAUGCCCUCAAUGAUGUCGGAUCGAUCUCAAGGUCAGCCUGCCAUGUACCCCCCUAUGAACAUGCAGCGACCGAUGAGCAACAUGAGUCCUGUGUCAAUGGAUUCUCGUAACCAAGUGUCGUAUCGAUCCAGCCCGUACACGGUGCCUACACCAACGACUCAGAUGGAUCAGUCUCGACAAAGUCAGCAAUCUCCAAUUUCGGAUCGUCGAGAACAAGGGCAGCAACCGUCUCAACUCUAUCAAAGUCCGAGGGCGCCCUAUUAUUCUGAGGCUACGAGCCAAACACUUCCUCCGGCGCAGUACUCGCAGCCUCCCCAUAUGCCGCAGUGGCCAGGACAGACCCAUCCUCCACAGUAGAUCGAUAUCGAGUUUGACCAUUCAGCAAUACUCGUUAACCGUCAACACCACUGUUCGAGUCUCUGGCCACAGUGAGUUGGUUUGUAUUUGACAGGCAAGGUGCUCUUACAGUGGCAUCUUAUUGAUGAAUCCCGCCAGUCAUUGCAGUACGUUGUAUGCCGAGCGGUGGCAAUUCCACGGCUUGAAAAAGGCUUUUCAGUUGGUCCAUUUUUUCCUUAAGCUCUAUCAGAUUCAGGAAGGUUCGGCUUUGGUGUAUAGGCACAGCAUUUUCGCAUCAACAUUUCAGUCAGGAGGUCUAGCGUUUCACAGGCUUUCCUCUUGUUCACGGGUGCUUUCUCAGGGAACAAAGGGGCUAAAAAGGAAGGCGCAUGCGGAUGAUAAUGACAGAAACAGCCCACUCUGGAAGUGCUGAUGAGGUCAACGAAGUGGAUGACGGUCGAUAUUUCUUUCUUAUCUUUCUUUCCCUCAAUGAAAGGUUACUUGCGGGAUAACUCCCUUUGUGAGAGCUGGUGUGAGGGUGGAAAAAGUGAAGUUACUCGUUCAUGGCAGUCUGUACUUGUGCUUGGGUGUUAGUUAGGGUGUCGAGAAACGCUUCACAGCUACAAGUUGAUUGAUUCCUGGACUCAUAUAAUGUGCAACAGAUAACUGGAUUCACUGGACAGUCACGUUGCUAUCGACGAUCAAGCGUCAAGACCAUCGUAAUGAUGGCAUUUGCGCUUGUCAAGUUAUCAAGUUCUA